GGAUCCUUUGCGCCCCUCAAAUACUUGCCAGUCAUUCUGUAUGUGCAGUGGCGCUCGCGGGCCUGGUGUUUGAGCUGUUGUUAGAUUGUUUAAAAGUUUUGAGGUAUUGAACGUUUCCAGAUUCAUUAUGAAAGAAACGGCGAAGAAACGCGAGAAGGCGAAGGAGAAUAAAGCGGAGAAGCAGAAGGAGAGCCAGGGCCCCGAGGCUCAGGAUGUAGAGAUGCCCGAGGAGGAGAGCUCUGCGGCGGCCAAGCCGGCUAAAGAGCAGGACUCCAUCACCCUGGAAGACAUUAAGGAGCACGUGAAGCAGAUCGAGAAGGCCGUGUCGGGGAAGGAGCCGCGCUUCGUCCUCAGAGCCCUGCGUGCUCUUCCCUCCACCAGCCGCCGUCUCAACCCCAACGUCCUCCACAAAGCUGUCUCAGGCUUCUACACCUCCAACGCUGCGGGCAAGGAGUUCCUGCUCAGCUUCCUCGAGGAGCCGAUGGACACAGAGGGAGAUGUUCAGUUCAGGCCUCGUACCGGUAAAGCAGCAGCUGCUCCUCUUAUCCCUGAAGUGGAGGCGUAUCUCCAACUGCUGCUGCUCGUCUACCUCAUCAACAACAAACGCUACCCUGAGGCUCAGAAGGUGUCAGAUGACCUGCUUCAGAAGAUCAGCUCUCAGAACCGCAGGGCUUUGGACCUGGUGGCAGCAAAGUGUUAUUAUUAUCACUGCCGAGUGUACGAGUUCCUCAACCAGCUGGACACAGUGCGCAGCUUCCUGCACACGCGCUUAAGGACGGCUACGUUACGUCACGACUCAGAUGGUCAGGCCACGCUGCUGAACCUGCUGCUGAGGAACUACCUGCACUACAACCUGUACGACCAGGCCGAGAAACUGGUCUCCAAAUCCGUCUUUCCCGAACUCGCUAAUAACAACGAGUGGGCUCGCUACCUCUACUACACCGGGCGGAUUAAAGCCAUUCAGCUGGAGUACUCUGAAGCCAGGAGAACUCUGACUAACGCACUGCGUAAAGCACCACAGCACACCGCCGUCGGCUUCAAACAGACCGUCCAUAAGUUGUUGAUCGUGGUGGAGUUGUUGCUUGGAGAGAUUCCAGACAGACUGCAGUUCCGGCAGCCAUCUCUCAAACGCUCUCUCAUGCCCUACUUCCUCCUCACUCAGGCGGUGAGGACUGGGAACUUGGCGAACUUUAAUCAGGUCCUGGAUCAGUUUGGCGAGAAGUUUCAGGCCGACGGGACGUACACACUCAUCAUCCGCCUCAGACACAAUGUGAUUAAAACCGGUGUGAGGAUGAUCAACUUGUCGUAUUCGCGGAUUUCUCUGGCUGAUAUCGCUCAGAAACUGCAGCUGGACAGUCCUGAGGAUGCAGAGUUCAUUGUGGCAAAGGCGAUCCGUGACGGUGUGAUCGAGGCGAGUAUAAACCAUGAGAAGGGUUACGUCCAGUCCAAGGAGACGGUGGACAUUUACGGCACCCGGGAGCCUCAGCUCGCCUUCCACCAGCGAAUCUCCUUCUGCCUGGACAUCCACAACAUGUCUGUCAAGGCCAUGAGAUUCCCACCUAAGGCCUACAACAAGGACCUGGAGUCUGCAGAGGAACGCAGGGAGCGAGAGCAGCAGGAUCUGGAGUUUGCUAAAGAAAUGGCUGAGGAUGAUGACGACAGUUUCCCAUAAAUACAAAACUGAAACCUGCUGAUUUUCUUUUUCUUGUUGUUUUUGUUACUUUUCUUUUUUUUUUUUUUAGAAAAAAGUCUAUGUGCCCUCUGUUUGCCGUGUAGUGAGUGCUCGGUCCUGUAGGAUACCACUUUUCUGCCUGGAUACACACACCCACAAUAUUUAUGAUGAUUAAAUCAGACAUUUAUUCAGCGUGCGCUCUAACCUCCUGAAUCACGCGCACACGCACACACACACACACACACACACACACAGUUAACAGGUGUGCCAUUGGCCCAGUUACAGGGUGUUUUAUUAGCGAGAUUUAACCAGAAUUCAGCUUAUAACCGCAGUAAGAGUCAGAGAGCACGUGGCGUUAACUGUAUGCAACGCAAUCAGAAAUUUAGUAGAGAUUAUGAAGAUGAGAUGGUAAUUACUGGUGUAAUAAAUAAGAUCCGAUGCGGUGUUUGAAAUAUAAAGAGGUGUUUUAGUGCAGUCAGACUCGAUAUGGAGUCUCCCAAACAGAUCUUACAUCUUUAUAUAAACACCGUUAUAAUAACCAUUUAACAUCAGCAGCAAACAUCCGGAGCAUCGUUUACUUCAUAAUGAAAUGGUCAUGGGCUAAUCAGAUAUUUACUCAUUUAUUAUUAGUAUAUCAGUAUACGUUUAGGCUGAACUUAAAUACUUGAUUUGUCCAUGAUUAUUUCUUAAUAAAGAAGAAAGUUCAUGUCGGUUAUUCUAAGGAAACGACGGAUUUUGUAAGAACCGUUAGUCAGCAGAUAGUUGAUGAAUACAUAAACUGUUAUAAUGGUAACGAUUAUGUAAUCGCGACUUAUCUGUACUUCUCAUAUUACCAACUAAUGCUUCAUGAAGUUACCUCAUAUAUUAACUAUGAGUACUAAUUAUUAAUACAGAACCCAUGGUGUAAAGUAUUAGCUGUGGAAAAUUGGUGAAGGUAACAUUCAUUUUGUAAUCUCUAAUAAAUUCCUGCAUUUGUGCUGGUCUGGGUUAAUAAUCCCGCUCAGCUGGAGUGAACCGACUGAAAUUCUGCUCACUGAUCGCCAACACUUCUGAACAGCUAAAUAAAUACGUAGAACUUUUACCCCAGUUCGCUUUGAUAAUCUUGAUUUCCCACGCCGGCGUUGUGCGGCAGGAUGAUGCAACACCGCUCCCUCUUCUGUAGCAUGAAACAGACCUUCAUGUGGUGAUGCAAGUGUUGAUUCAGUGUAUUAUUAAAAGUUGCUUUUCUAUGA